GUUUCUUAACCAUUUAUUUCGUUCGAGAUUAAGAAUUUUUUCUUAAAAGAAAAUGGCGACUCGUGUCAGAAGAAAUGCUCUAUUUUUCUUGACUCUUCUCUUUUUACUGUCUGUCUCCAAUCUCGUUCAGGCUGCUCGUGGUGGUGGCAAACUCCGCCCACAAGAAUGCAACUCAAAGUGUAGCUACCGUUGUUCGGCAACAUCACACAAGAAGCCAUGCAUGUUCUUUUGCCUCAAGUGCUGCACAAAAUGUCUUUGUGUUCCUGCAGGCACUUACGGCAACAAACAAAGUUGCCCAUGUUACAACAAUUGGAAGACUAAAGAAGGCCGUCCAAAAUGCACUUACGGCAACAAACAAAGUUGCCCAUGUUACAACAAUUGGAAGACUAAAGAAGGCCGUCCAAAAUGUCCUUAA